AUGGCGCGUUCGAUAAACCACAACAACCAGAGUCAUGGUGUGCCAGGCGUCUUCUUUCGCUACGAUGUCUUCCCAGUGCGUGUGGAGGUUGAUGUGUCGGGUGGAGAUGGCGCUUCGAUAGUCCGACUGUUGGUUCGCCUCUCAGCCAUAAUUGGUGGUGUCUUUGCGACGGGAGGCUUCCUCUGUCUCCUCCUCCGGGCUAUUACUUCCUUUUAUUACAUGAUGAAGACUUACCUUAUGCCUGCCACCCUCACGCCCGGACUUUCCGCUUCUGCUCCCCUAAUUCCUGACUCCGACGAUUAA